AAUGGGCGUUCAGCCAAGACCAAGAACAUCCGUUCGCCGGCGACUAUAAAAGCUCGGAGCCCCCGAAUAAUUUACCAAACAAAAUGCAAGUGCCUUAUGUCCAAUUGUUUAUUUUGGCAGUGGUCGUGGUGGGCUUAGUACGUGGUCAUGCGGUGGAGCAGGAGCAUCUCACCAGCCAUGCCUACGGACCAGCCAUACACAUUAGUUCGGGGGUUCUCCAGUUGGCCCCCGAUUCGGAGCAACCUCAAUUGCUGCUGGUGCCCAAUGUCUACUCCUCGUCACUGGGAAAUCCCUGGCCGCAUUUUUAUGUGGACACCUUGACGGCUUCGCACCUGCCACAUUCAUCGGUUCCAUCGAUUCCAACGAUCCCGUUGACCCCUUCGAUCCACGAACCGCGCAUCGUGGUCAAUGACAAUGUGGACUUUUCGCAGCUCAAAUUGCCCCAGCAUAAAGUUGUCCAUUCCCAUGGACGCUAA